AUGGGCAAGCGUCCGUGCCCGCCCAAGGAGGCGACAUCCAGGGCUAAGGCCAAAGCCUCCCCGAAGGUCAGUGCACUGCCGGGGCCGCCGCAGCCGGCGGGCCUGAUGGAUGAUGGCGACGCCGCCAGCAAUGCCAAGUACCUGUCUGUGAUCGAUGAGCACGUCCAGCGGAUCCUCAGCCACCACUUGUUCGAAGGUAUUCGGGCGUUCGACCCGCUGCAGAUGGGCGCCAACACUGACCGCCACAACGCCGUCGGGAUGCGCAAGCCCAUUGAGAUUGGUGACGUGGUCAAUGCCAUGACUGGGGGCUCAGGCUCUGGAGCGGUCCCUGGCGGAGGCAACAUCUUCCGGGUGAUGUUCAAUUUCCAAGCCAACCCUGGGGUCCCGAUCAGCCUCAAGAAAGUGACCGAGCUGAGCGAGUACCACUACGCUCUUUGGGAGCGCCCGGGGCCUCCGUGCCUGCCCAUUCACGCGUUCCUCUCUGCCAGCAUCUCGGAGGAGACCCUCAAGGCCACGCUGGCUGCCGGGGAGCUGAAGCUGACUACGCCGCCGGAGUCCAUCCACGCGUGGGUGAUCGGCCUGGGGAACGCGAUUGCCAUGAAUCGGCCAGAGAAGGAUGAGUUGAAGCAGUGGUUGGAAUACGCGCUCUCCGCGGAAUUCACUUUCGCCAAACUGGAGUCCAUGGGCGAUGCUCAUUUCUCCGCCGUGCGCUCGCGUGAGAACUUGAGUGUCCACAAGCGGCUCAUGGGCCGCACCGCCCUCGGUCGCAUCCUCGAGGUGUCAAGCUUCAAGUCUCGGAAGGAGAAGCUCUUGGGGCCGAUGAGUUCCAAGGCAAUCGAGAUAGAGUACAAACAGCAUUGCAACAUCAAAGAUCCCGAGGAGCAGGUCACGGCCAACUUUGUGGACAACGCCCUCACCAUCGUCAAGCGCAUGCUCUCGAUCAGCGGAGUCAUGACCAUUCUGUCGGAAGCCGAGGACACCUGCGAGGCAACAGCCUUCGACAGCGUGAGCAAGCUGCACGCCGUCGUGUCGAAGGCGAAAACGCCAGCAAUGAUCAUUUGGACAGUUCGGAGCUUGUGGGACGAUCAUAAAUCCAAGACCCCUUUGAACAGAGUGGUUCCUGGAGUGCGCGACCUACUGGGCAAGACCACUGCUAAGGCAGAACCCAACGAUCGCGUCGGCAAGGUUGAGGUGUGCUGCUUCAAGCACACGGUGAAGACCUACCUCACUUCCACUUGGUUGGACAACUCGGACUUGCCAUCUCACGUCAAGGAAUCCUUUCGCACGUCCCUCUCUGAUCACGCCUCGUACCGCGCCAGCAACGGGCUCCCCGAUGAGGAGGCGCUCAUCUACAGCGACGCCUGCGAUGAGGGGGCGAUCAAGCCUGCGAUUCGGGCCAAGAAGGCCGUGUCGGAUAUGUUGACCUCGCCAGGCCUUGAGGAGCUCAUGAACGAGGCGGCGGAGGAUCUCCAGAAUGAGGCCAAGGGUGAUGGCUGCGGGAACGGCGACGACGAGGACGGCGGCGAUCUUCUAGACAUGGGCGAGGCGGAUGAGGUCCAGCUUUCCAUAGCAAUGAGCCCAGGUGCGACGGCGAACGAGGGCACCAUUCAGACCCCUGUCAAAAAGCAGUCCAUCAAUCACCGCCUUCUGUUGAACCCUCACAUGGCGCCGGAGACCGUGGAGCUGCUGAAGCCUUGCGACUCCGAGACGCUGGACAGCGUCGAGAAGGCGGCGUCCACCUUGAUGCGCACGCACUUGGCUUUCGUUGAGGACCAGCUCGAGGCGACUUUGGAGAAGGUCCACGCUGCCGUGUACCAGCCUGUCGCGCGGAAGACUCGCCAGGACGUCCCUGGCAAUGUGCCAGGCUUCAGCACCCACGUCGGGGUGAUCUACAGCGUCUCCUGCAGCGGCGAGGCCAUAACAAAUCCGAAGACGCGCUGCGCUCCCUACCGCAACGCCCACUACAAGCGGCUCAUGCACAUUGCCCUGAAGGUCCGAGGCAAAGCUUGCGGUGCGGACUACCAGGGCAUCAACCCUGCGGACUACAUCAUCCUGUUCAACGGCAACAAGGACGGUCUUGAUAACACCAUGAUGUCAGCCUUCAGAUGCGAGGACGGGACCAGCAUGCCGAGGAACAAGAUCUCCAAGAUGCUGCUCUUUGACGAGGAGACUGUCGCAGCGCGGAUGGACCGCGUCAGGGGCACCAUCAACCAGACCGAGACCUUCAACAUCGUGGCUGCGGACCCCGUGGCGCUCGCAGUCAAGAAGAAGCUCCACUUCCCGGGGACUGCGCGCGGCGUGAUUCUCGGCCCAGUCGCGCUGCCGAAGUACGACGACGCGGGCAUCUUCAAGCUGACCCAGGCAGAGAAGAAGAUCUUGUACGACAAGCACCGUACUGCAGUGGGUGGCCCGACCGAUGAUGGGCCCGACCCCGUGCCUGGCAAGGAUGAGAGGAUUCCGGUGUUCUACAAGUCCAUCCCCCAGGACGCCGCCGAGGAGAUCGCGCAUUGCCUGGACUGGACCUCCCUGGUGGACCUCACGCCCAACCAGGGCGUCUUCGCCAUGGUUGCGAUAAUGCUGAAGCUCUUGUGGGUGGGAGUGACCUUCAACAAGCUCCACGCGGAUCAGGCGGUGGCAAAUUGCGCCAAAGACACGACGCCGCAGGACCCUGGGAAACAGGACCCCAAGAGGCGCAAGAAGACGAGUCAGCAGCCAAAGCAGCCUAAGACUGUGCCGAAAGUGAGUCAAGAGGGCGCUGGUGAUAAGGAGGCGCUGCUUGCCAAGAUCAAGGCCCUCACAGGCAGCGGCCCGAGCGGGAGCAAGUGCGCCGCCGUCGAGAAGGGCAAGGGCACGGAUGAGCCGGAGGCGCGUGGCAAAGACAUCACCCGCCUGGGCGGCGACUGCGAUGGCCUCUGCUCUCACGCGGUGGCGCUGGAGAUGAUCAUCGGCAAAGACAGGAUCAGCCACGAAUUCGCCAGCGAGAUUGACCAACAAACCCGCGCCGUCAUGCAGGCCAAUCACGGCAUCAAGAAGGUUUACCACUCAUGCAAGACGGCUGAUCGCACAGUCAGUCAGGUCCCCAAGGUGGACGUAUAUGCCGCGGGGCCCCCAUGUCAGCCCUUCGCGAUGGGUGGCAACCAGAGCGGGGAGGGUGACAGCCGGGGCCAGAUCAUCUUGGACUGCGCCGUCUACAUCACCACUCAGAAGCCCGCCUGCUUCGUGAUCGAAGAAGCGCCCACUCUCAUGGGCAAACACAGGAAGACCCUGAACAAGUUCGUGGACCGCAUCCGGCAGGGGGCCAUCUCCAAGAAUGGCGAGUCCCUCUACGAGGUGGAGUAUCGCAAGGUGAACUCGGAUGACCACGGGCUCCCGACCACGAGGGCUCGGACCUACAUCGUGGGAUGGUUGCGCAGCCGAUCGAAGGGCCAAACGUUUGAAUGGCCCACCACUUUACCACUGAAACGCGUGGCGGACUUCAUCGACCCGACGCUGCCAGCCAACAUCCCUACCGACAUGACCUGCCUGAACAACCUCGCCCGCCUGCUUGGCGUUGUCAAGGAUGCGGGCUACGACCUUGCGAAGGACGACAUCAUUUUGGACGUGUACCAGUCCGAGAACUUCGGCGACAAUUGGCAAGUCGGCAAACUCCCGACUCUGACUAGGACCAGGGCGGGUGCCGGCGGCUACUACCUGACCCGCCACUCCCGCAUGAUGGACACGACCGAGAUGUUGGCUAUCCAGGGCUUCCCAAAAGGCCGCCUGAACUGGAAAGGUCUGCUCACGGAGAAGGGCCGCAAGGUGACGGAUCGCCAGUUCAACCUAAUGAUCGGCAACACGAUGAGUGUGCCCGUAGUCGGCCGUCUGAUGCUCAAACUCCUCAUCCUCGUCGGCAAGCUCGACAAGAGUACGCCCGACCCGUGGUGCGACGCAGUGUAG